CGCUGUCCUCAACGUCUCCUCAGUUCGGGCGAGCGCUUCCCUUUCGGCCCCGCCGUUGUCUAGGCCUCGGGACCUGGCUCCGACUCGGCGCCGCAGCCCGGCCGUGGCCCCCGCGCCCCGCCCCGCCGCCCCCUUUCCGCCUCCUUGCGGUGCGCUGUGGGGUCUCCCCAGCUCACCAAGUGCGACCGCCUCCGGGUCGCGUCGUCUCGCGUCUGGACCAGAUCUGUUGAAAAACAUUCAAGUUCAUAAAAUUUAAAUGACCAAAAUGGAUAUCCGAGGUGCUGUGGAUGCUGCUGUCCCAACCAAUAUAAUUGCUGCCAAGGCUGCAGAAGUCCGGGCAAACAAAGUGAACUGGCAGUCUUAUCUUCAAGGGCAGAUGAUUUCUGCUGAAGAUUGUGAAUUUAUUCAAAGGUUUGAAAUGAAAAGAAGUCCUGAAGAGAAACAAGAGAUGCUUCAAACUGAAGGCAGCCAGUGUGCUAAAACAUUUAUAAAUCUGAUGACUCAUAUCUCCAAAGAACAGACCGUUCAGUAUAUUCUAACUAUGGUUGAUGAUAUGCUGCAGGAAAAUCACCAGCGUGUUAGCAUUUUUUUUGAUUAUGCAAAACGAAGCAAGAAUACUGCGUGGCCUUAUUUCCUGCCAAUGUUGAAUCGUCAGGAUCCCUUUACUGUUCAUAUGGCAGCACGGAUUAUUGCCAAGUUAGCAGCUUGGGGAAAAGAACUUAUGGAAGGCAGUGACUUAAAUUACUAUUUCAACUGGAUAAAAACUCAGCUGAGUUCACAGAAACUGCGUGGUAGCGGUGUUGCUGUUGAAACAGGAACGGUCUCUUCAAGUGAUAGUUCCCAGUACGUGCAGUGUGUUGCCGGGUGUCUGCAGCUGAUGCUCCGGGUCAAUGAGUACCGCUUUGCCUGGGUGGAAGCAGAUGGGGUGAACUGCAUAAUGGGAGUUUUGAGUAACAAGUGUGGCUUUCAACUCCAGUAUCAGAUGAUUUUUUCGAUAUGGCUCCUGGCAUUCAGUCCUCAAAUGUGUGAGCAUCUGCGGCGCUAUAAUAUCAUUCCUGUUCUGUCCGACAUCCUUCAAGAAUCUGUCAAAGAGAAAGUAACAAGAAUCAUUCUUGCAGCAUUUCAUAACUUUUUAGAAAAAUCAACUGAAAGAGAAACUCGCCAAGAAUAUGCUCUAGCUAUGAUUCAGUGCAAAGUUCUGAAGCAGUUGGAGAACUUGGAACAGCAGAAGUAUGAUGAUGAAGAUAUCAGUGAAGACAUCAAAUUUCUUUUGGAAAAACUUGGUGAGAGUGUCCAGGACCUUAGCUCAUUUGAUGAAUACAGUUCAGAACUUAAAUCUGGAAGGUUGGAAUGGAGUCCUGUGCAUAAAUCUGAGAAAUUUUGGAGAGAGAAUGCUGUGAGAUUAAAUGAGAAGAAUUAUGAGCUCUUGAAAAUUUUGACAAAACUUCUGGAGGUGUCGGAUGAUCCGCAAGUCUUAGCGGUUGCUGCUCAUGAUGUUGGGGAGUAUGUGCGGCAUUACCCACGAGGCAAACGGGUCAUUGAGCAGCUCGGUGGGAAGCAGCUGGUGAUGAACCACAUGCAUCACGAGGACCAGCAGGUCCGGUACAACGCGCUGCUGGCUGUGCAGAAGCUCAUGGUGCACAACUGGGAAUACCUUGGCAAGCAGCUGCAAUCCGAGCAGCCCCAGACUGCGGCCGCCCGGAGCUGAGCUGUGGCUGCGGCCUCCCUCCUGCCACGGCGUGAGCUGGGAGUGUGAGCCUCCAUGAUCAGGGCCAAGAUAAACACUUUGUGAUUUUACUUGUAAUUUCCUGCUGUUGUCUACCUUUUCCUGAUGCUAACUUCUUGAAACAGUGUUUUCCCGUUAAGUUAUAUAAAAGUAGGUAUAUCCAAGGAAAAUACUAGUGUUACAUAUACUGCUUGCAAUUUCUGUAUUUAUUGUUCACUGGAAAUGAAUAUAAUUAUUAAAGGAUUCUCACUCCAA